AUGAACUUAUGUGUGGAAACAGCAGGCAUAUGGAUUCUUAUAGGUUCCUUACUUGGGGUUGUGAUUCUAAUACUAAUCACAUCAUGGCAUUUGCUAAAAGGAAGAAGACAUCAAUCUGAUGAUACCCCUGUGAAAGAUGAGGCUCCCAAGGCAUUAGCAUUCAAAGAUUUUGGCUGUAGAAAGAUGUCGGUCAAGGAGAUCUAUGCUGCCACAAAUAACUUGAGUGCUCUAAAUUUUAUCGGUCAGGGUAUAGCCGGAAAGGUGUACAAAGGUGUGCUUCCAGAUGGAUGUCAUGUUGCCAUCAAGCAUAUCAAGGAUGGCUAUGCAGAGACAUUUAUGAGAGAGGUCACCAGCCUGUCUCAUAUCAGGCAUCCAAACCUUGUUGCUUUGCAGGGCUAUUGCGAAGAAGAAGACGAGUGCUUCCUCGUGUAUGAGCUGUGUACAAAUGGAAAUCUGUCGGAGUGGCUCUUCGGAAAGGAUAAAACCCUGUCAUGGACUCAGAGGCUGGAGAUCGCGAUUGGCAGUGCUUGUGGCCUUUGGUUUCUGCACACAUAUCCUGAAGGCUGCAUCGUUCAUCGUGACGUGAAGCCGACGAACAUACUCCUUGGUGCUGACUUGGAAGCAAAGCUAUCAGAUUUCGGUCUCUCCAAAGUAGUAGAUGUAGGUGAGUCACACGUGAGCUCGGAGGUGAGAGGAACCUUCGGCUACGUCGACCCAGAAUACCGUCAGAACCACCGAGUCAACGCCGCAGGAGAUGUGUACAGCUUCGGCAUCGUCCUCCUGCAACUCCUCUCAGGGAAAAGAGUCGUCAACCUGAACGUAAUGAGAAGGCCGACGUCGUCGAGUAGAAUGCCCAAGAUUCUAACACGAGGUGAAGAGCUAUCCGACUUCGCUGAUCCGCGACUGAGAGGAGAGUACUCCGUCGAAGCUUUUGAGCUCAGCCUCAAGCUGGCUCUCUCCUGCGUCGCGCACAAGCAGCAGCGUCCGUCCAUGGAGCAGGUCGUCGCGAGCUUAGAGACGGCACUGCAAAUCUCCACCACCACCGAGUCAUACAGUCUCAGUAUCUACUGAUUGAUGUCUCGUACUUCUGUGCAUGCUUAAUCCACACUCAUUGUAAUCUGAAUUCAAACACUCAAACGAAGAGCUAUCAGAACCUUAUCCGAGCUGAGCUAAUUGACACAAACAGCUCCAACGAUGAAUCCAAAGAAGAAAGUCGUAUCUAUCUAUCGAACUUCCUCA